CAAUAUUUCACGAUUCUAAUCAAGCAUGGCUGACAGUGCAGAAAAAAAUGACACUGAUGAGGCGGAGAGGAGAAAGCGGCAUGGAAUGUUAAAGAUGUAUUAUGGCCUGGACGAGGAUAAAGCGGGUGGGGCAUCCCUUGAUCCAUGUGAUAUUGAUGGUGCUCAUUUCAAACCUGACAUGUUCCUGGGCAAACUCAUACGAGAAAAGUCCUUAACAGAGCUGAUGGACAAAGAGUCAGAAAUGCUGAAGCAGAUUCGGUCUCUAGAUAGUGAUAUGCAGACACUGGUGUAUGAAAAUUAUAACAAGUUUAUCAGUGCAACAGAUACAAUCAGGAAAAUGAAGAAUGAUUUUCGUAAGAUGGAGGACGAAAUGGAUCAUCUUGCUACCAAUAUGUCACGCAUCACCGAAUUUAGCGGUAAUAUUUCUCAUACUUUACAAGACCGCAGACAGCAUAUAACAAAAUUAUCAGGAGUGCAUUCAUUAUUAAAGAAGCUACAGUUUCUGUUUGAGCUACCGGCACGUCUCAAGAAAUGUAUUGAAAUGAAGGCAUACAGUCAAGCUGUCAGGUACUACACAAAGGCUCAGAGAGUGUUACAUCAGUACCAACAUAUGCCAAGUUUUCAAGGUAUUAACUCUGAUUGUAGUCAGAUUAUCAAAGAAUUAAGAGGCCACCUGAAACAACAGUUCAGAGAUAAAGAGUCCACACCAAAACAACUAGCCGAGUGUGUAGAUCUCUUGUUACAGCUAGAUGAGCCAGCGGAACAAUUAUGUGAGGAAUUUCUGGCACAUGCAAGAAGAAAAUUGGACAGUGAUCUGGAGGAACUCCAGUUUCAGAUCAGUCUACAGAAAGGGGAGGGAGCUCAGAAGGAGGCUGAGAGAGCUUCACAAACAUAUCUAGAUAAUUCUAUGGAUGUUCUGGCGUUUGUUGACUGUGGCUGUAAUGGUUUCCUUAGCAACAUGUGCCUAGUGAUAGCUUCUUAUAAUGAUAUGUUUUUAAACAGACAACAAGAUAGUGAAGAGCUUGAUGCCAUAGCAUCAAAAAAGCUUGUAACAUUUGUACAUACACUGAUGGAGGUCUACUUUAAUUGUGUACAAGAGAGAGUCCAGUUAGAGAAAGAAACUGGAGAUAAUACAAUUCUUGUAAGAGCUCUUGAUAGAUUCCACAGACGCUUGCAGGCCAUGAAUAAGCUUCUACCUGACACAGACUUUUCAAGGGCUGGAACAAAUAUUGUAUCUACAGCUGCUAGAGAUAGAGUAUCACACUACCUGGAGUCUCUUAAACAACAUUUUACAGAUUGUAUGACAGAUAUACGUCAGAAUCUGGCAAGUCCACGUGUAGCCAGUAAACAAGAACAGGGGGCCAAUCUUACAGAACUGUUGAGUAAUAUUCAGAUUACCACCUUAGAGCAAGUUAAAUCUGUUCUGGUAAACCUUCAGGUAUUUACAGCUCCAGAUAUUACAUUUGCUAUGAAGCCAUAUUUUAGAGGACCAUUUUGUACCCAGGGUGUAAGGGAAGGUCUGGUUGUAGCAUAUAUCCAGCACAUUACCAAGGUGUGCCAGGAUUUCUGUGAGGGUACAGGUUCGGCACCUCCUGCUUUACUGCUUAUCUUGUCACGGUUGUGCUCGGACUUUGAGAGUUCUACAAUAUCAUACCUGAUAACAUUGACAGAGGAGCAGUUUGACAUGGAUCAUAAGUUAGAAGUUACAUCAGUCUCUUCAUUGUGUGCAGACAUUAAACAGACUGCCCAGAAUCUUCUUAACCAUUAUGUCAAAGUUCAAGGUCUAGCUAUAUCACAGAUGUUACGUAAGAGUGUGGAGACACGAGACUGGUUAAAUACCAUAGAACCACGUAAUGUACGAGCUGUCAUGAAACGAGUGGUAGAAGACAUCACAUCAAUAGAUUCACAGGUAGGACAACUAUAUGAGGAAGGUGUAAGGAAGGAGAGAAGUAGUGACUCUAGUCGUAGAGCACAUAGUUAUAGUUAUGCUGCCUCACAACAAAAACGUGGACAGUGGAACUAUACACCUAGCAUAGACAACAGUCUGAUGAGCAAUAUACAGAAACUGUUUUCUGAGAAAAUUGAGAUAUUUAGUGCUGUAGAAUUCUCCAAGGUCUCUGUACUUACUGGCAUCAUUAAAAUCAGCUUGAAGACAUUUAUGGAGUGUGUAAGAUUGAGGAUAUUUGGUCGCUAUGGGUUACAGCAGAUACAAGUUGAUACCUACUAUCUACAAUUAUAUCUAUGGAGAUUUGUCUCAGAUGAAAAUUUAGUUCAAGUUUUAUUAGAUGAGAUAGUAUGUAGUACAGUACACAGAUGUUUAGAUCCAGUGAUGAUGGAACCUAGUGUGAUUGAGCUGAUAUGUGAGAGAGGAUGAGUAAACCAUAUGUAUACCUGGCAUUUUAUAUCAUAACUAAUGGAAUAUUUAUAAUAACCUAUGAUUUGAUUGUGCAUAUGUAAACUGGACUUGAUAUGUUGAGAUGUGUAGAUGUUGAAAAUAAAAGAUAUGUACAUGUACAUAUGUGGUAGAAUGCUAAUACUGAAUCUUUUAAUGAAUGUUUUAACUAUUUGCUAGGUUUAAAAUUAAAAAUGCAUAACUGUAAAAUAUAAUGUGAUGGAUUCUUUAUUUAGUUAGUGAACUCUUAUAUUACAAGAAGAAUUAAUGAUAAAAUUAUUAUGAAAUAUUUAAUGCAUUCCAAUAUACUCUGUAUGUAAAUUCACAAUUGUAAAGCUGUUUAAAAAACAAUGUUAGUGCAGACGUUAUGUUUAAACAAGGGUAUGUUACAGCAUGUUAAAUAGUAACUUAAUAUCUGAGUUGUUUCCCCUGGACAAUGUUAUCUUCAUAUUGUAACUGUUAAAGUCUUUAUCUUUGAUGAUAUUUGAUUUGAUAUUUAUUAGGAUUUGACUGAUUAAAGCAUCAUACUGUAGUUUUUAUUAGACAUUUUAAUGAAAUUUGUUACAAUGUGAAAUAUGUGCAAUAUAAGAAAUAAAUUAUAUUUAUUGAA